UGUCAUCUGAACACCAAUAGCGCACUAUUUACAACUCAGCCAACGAUGCUAACGCGUGCAUGUAUUCAGCAUCGGGUCCAUCACGUCUAAACCCCUGCUUCUACGGACCAUCACAAAUAUAAUAAGACGGCUACUACAUUGAUUCGUGGCGACUAUUCGUGCGGUACCUCAAUCUAGACACGCGAGUUGUCACUCAGCUCCUACACGCGAAUGACAGCUUUAUUGUACCUCGCAUCCUCGCUUUUCAUACGGUCUAGGGAGAGCAUACCGUUGCACUACCAUUUGACAAGAACUGCUACGCUCUCAUACCUGUGUUCUAAUACCAAAGUCUGGCCACCACUCUUCACUCAAUUGGCCACCGCAGCAUCUAAGAUGCCACUGCAACUUCCUAGUGGCUCAUUAGAGCAAAGUCCACAUCCCCGCUCUCCUCGACCUUCACUAACGUUGCACGAGUACUCUGCAAGGGCGGCACUUCCGUCAUAUUUACAUCUUGACCACAGAGUGGAGGUUACACGACGACGGCCGUUGUGCUCACGCCACUAGGUAUAAGUAUGUCCAUAAUGAGCAGCAGAAGCGUAUCCGACAUCCUUUUGUCUCAGCCCACGACAGUCAACCAUGCACGCUCUAGCACUCCUCCCGGUCCUUU